AUGCCGCCCGCUGGGAUCGAGUCCGAUGGACUUGAUCACAUCGCUUUAGACGAUGCCAAUCCCAAACAUGCGCCACUCGACAACGAAGGCCGCGUCGAUGUCCGAUUUCAUGAUAGCCCGCAGAUGCUCACAGCAUGGUGCAAGCAAUUCCAGGCCACGUUUGACCGAGCUACGGCGCCUGAUGACCGACUCAAGCGGCCGAGAAUGAAUAGCGUUGCUGUCCCUCGUGUCGAUACGUCGACGAGAAACCCGCGUCUCAACAUUGCCAUCCAUGUUGUUGGCUCACGCGGCGAUGUUCAGCCCUUCCUCCCCAUUGCCCACCUGCUGUCCAGGCCGCCAUUCAACCACCGCGUGCGUAUUUGCACGCAUCCUAUCUUCAAAGACUUUGUUGAAGGACAAGGCGUCGAAUUCUUCAGUAUCGGUGGCGACCCUGAGGCCCUCAUGGCCUAUAUGGUGAAGAAUCCAGGCCUACUACCAAGCCGCAAGAGCGUCAAGGAUGGUGAUGUUGGCAAGAGGCGAAAUGAGAUGUGGGAGAUUAUGCAUGGCGCAUGGCGGAGUUGUAUUGAGGCUGGCGAUGGGAUGAGGGCGGAGCCGAUAAGGGCGGCUAAUGUGCAGACGCCCAAAGAUCUCUUUAUCGCUGAUGCCAUCAUCGCCAAUCCACCAUCUAUGGCCCACAUCCAUUGCGCCGAAAAAUUAGGCGUUCCGUUGCAUAUGGUCUUUACUAUGCCGUGGUCGCCAACCGAAGUAUUCUCACACCCCCUGGCUGCCAUGAGCUACGGCAACGCAGACGCAGCAGUUGCCAACUACCUCUCCUUUAUGAUGCUAGAGCUACUGACCUGGCAAGGGCUCGGAGACCUGAUCAAUAAGCUCCGCACCCAGAUAUUACGCCUCGAUCCUAUCAGUCCAAUGUGGGGAUACCAGCUUCUGCCUAGACUCCGUGUGCCUUACAGCUAUCUCUGGUCUCAAUCCUUGAUCCCAAAGCCGUCUGAUUGGGCUUCUCACAUAAAUAUCACCGGCUUUUCUUUCCUCCCUUUGGCAUCCUCUUAUACCCCUCCUACUGAUCUUACCGCAUUCCUGGAAAGAGGGAGCCGUCCUAUUUACAUCGGAUUUGGGUCAAUAAUAGUUGAGAACCCACAAGAACUCACUCAACUAAUUGUCAAUGCGGUUAAAAUUGCUAAUGUUCGUGCUAUCGUCUCUCAAGGCUGGGGCACGAUAGGUGGUGAAGAUGAUGAUGCUCCUGAGGAUAUAUAUCUUAUUGGCAACUGCCCGCAUGACUGGCUCUUUCAGCGCGUUUCUGCUGUUGUCCAUCACGGCGGUGCUGGCACUACAGCUGCAGGUAUUGCCGCUGGGCGGCCGACUGUUGUCGUGCCCUUCUUUGGUGACCAGCCAUUCUGGGGCCAGAUGAUAGCACGAGCAGGCGCGGGCCCAACACCAAUUCCUUUCAAAGAGAUGACAGCAGAAACACUAGCCGCCAGUAUCUUGGUUGCACUCAAGCCGGCGGUUGGUAAAGCCGCACAGAGAAUGGCACACACCAUCACACAGGAAAAUGGAGCGAGCAACGCAGCUACGGAUUUUCUAGAUCGACUCGGCAUUGACGACCUCCGGUGUGAUUUAUGUCCAGAUAGGCUGGCGAUCUGGCGGCAUAAGUCAACUGGUGUCCGCCUCAGCGGUUUUGCCAUGUCUUGCCUCGUCGAUAAAGGCUUGAUCCAGCCGAAUGACAACAAGCUUCUUCAACAUAAGCACUGGUAUGUCGACGAAGGCGCCGAACACCCUAUAAUAGGUGCUGUAGCCGCUGUUUCGGGAUUCUUUACAGCUGUUGGUACAGCGGCAAGUGAUUACUCCAGUCGCUUGAGCGGGCGAUCUGGACCACCAACACCCGUGGACGAAAUAAGUCAACAGUCUGCCUCAUCGGCAACCAUCAACGAUGGAGAUAUGGAAACCAUAACUGGGUCAAGAAACCGGAGCCAAGCCCACGAGGGCAUCCUAAAGGAAUUCUUGGACUCCAAUCCACUGACUUCUGUGGAGAUGGAAACUAUCGCUCACAAACUAGCUACCAAGUCGCUCCGUACUACUGAACCUGAUAUUGCCAAGGUCCAGCGAGCGCCAACAGCUCACGAGAAGCGGAAAGCGGCUUGGCGAGCACAGGAGCAGGGUCGACAUGGUCAUGCUUACUACAUCACUCGUGCCACGGGCCGAUUCGCCGCCGAUGUAGCCGAAGCAGGUCUCAAGGUACCUGUUGCGUUUUUCUACAACAUCGCCAAUGGCUUUCACAACUAUCCCUCGUAUAGUUUCGGUGCGACGGAGGUGCGACGGCGUGGCGAGAUCACUGGGUUAGGAAGUGGUCUCCAGACAGCAGGGAAGGAACUCAUACUGGGAUUCUGGGAUGCGUUCAGCGGUGUUGUCAUGAAGCCAUAUGAGAGCGUGAGAGACGAGGGCGCAAAAGGGCUUGGCAAAGGCAUUUUACGCGGUGCGAGAGGGUUCGCGUACAACCUCGGCGCCGCAGUUUUUGGCAUACCAGGUUACACGCUCAAGGGUAUCGAAAAGGAGAUGUCAAAACAUCACCUUACUAAGCUGAAGAGCGAAAUCAUGUUGAUCAGAUUAAGGCAGAGUAUAGACGAUUUCCGAAGGGCUACCCCAGAGGAAAGGGAGGCGGUGGUGACAAGAUGGAAAUCAAGGUCAGAUGUAUAA